UGUUGCCGUUUCCCUCCACCGGCCUGGAGUCUCCCAGUCUUGUCCUGGCAGUGCCGCCCUUCCCAGUAAGACCUAGGCGCAAAGGCUUGGCUCAGAGAGAGAAAGAUUUGAGGGAAGAUGGAUGCAAAAGCUCGAAAUUGUUUGCUUCAACAUAGAGAAGCUCUGGAAAAGGACAUCAAGACAUCCUACAUCAUGGAUCACAUGAUUAGUGAUGGAUUUUUAACAAUAUCAGAAGAGGAAAAAGUAAGAAAUGAGCCCACUCAACAGCAAAGAGCAGCUAUGCUAAUUAAAAUGAUACUUAAAAAAGAUAAUGAUUCCUACAUAUCAUUCUACAAUGCUCUACUACAUGAAGGAUAUAAAGAUCUUGCUGCCCUUCUCCAUGAUGGCAUUCCUGUUGUCUCUUCUUCCAGUGGUAAAGAUUCAGUUAGUGGAAUAACUUCAUACGUAAGGACAGUCCUGUGUGAAGGUGGAGUACCACAGAGGCCAGUUGUUUUUGUCACAAGGAAGAAGCUGGUGAAUGCAAUUCAGCAGAAGCUCUCCAAAUUGAAGGGUGAACCAGGAUGGGUCACCAUACAUGGAAUGGCAGGCUGUGGAAAGUCUGUAUUAGCUGCAGAAGCUGUUAGAGAUCAUUCCCUCUUAGAAGAUUGUUUCCCAGGGGGAGUGCAUUGGGUUUCAGUUGGGAAACAAGACAAAUCUGGACUUCUGAUGAAACUGCAGAAUCUUUGCACACGAUUGGAUCAAGAUGAGAGUUUUUCCCAGAGGCUUCCACUUAACAUUGAAGAGGCUAAAGACCGUCUUCGCAUUCUGAUGCUUCGCAAACACCCAAGGUCUCUGUUGAUCUUGGAUGAUGUUUGGGACUCUUGGGUGUUGAAAGCUUUUGACAAUCAGUGUCAGAUUCUUCUUACAACCAGAGACAAGAGUGUUACAGAUUCAGUAAUGGGUCCUAAAUAUGUAGUCCCUGUGGAGAGUUCCUUAGGAAAAGAAAAAGGACUUGAAAUUUUAUCCCUUUUUGUUAAUAUGAAGAAAGCAGAUUUGCCAGAACAAGCUCAUAGUAUUAUAAAAGAAUGUAAAGGCUCUCCCCUUGUAGUAUCUUUAAUUGGUGCACUUUUACGUGAUUUUCCCAAUCGCUGGGAGUACUACCUCAAACAACUUCAGAAUAAGCAGUUUAAGAGAAUAAGGAAAUCUUCGUCUUAUGAUUAUGAGGCUCUAGAUGAAGCCAUGUCUAUAAGUGUUGAAAUGCUCAGAGAAGACAUCAAAUAUUAUUACACAGAUCUUUCCAUCCUUCAGAAGGACGUUAAGGUGCCUACAAAGGUGUUAUGUAUUCUCUGGGACAUGGAAACUGAAGAAGUUGAAGACAUACUGCAGCAGUUUGUAAAUAAGUCUCUUUUAUUUUGUGAUCGGAAUGGAAAGUCGUUUCGUUAUUAUUUACAUGAUCUUCAAGUAGAUUUUCUUACAGAGAAGAAUUGCAGCCAGCUUCAGGAUCUACAUAAAAAGAUAAUCACUCAGUUUCAGAGAUAUCACCAGCCGCAUACUCUUUCACUAGAUCAGGAAGACUGUAUGUAUUGGUACAACUUUCUGGCCUAUCACAUGGCCAGUGCCAAGAUGCACAAGGAACUUUGUGCUUUAAUGUUUUCCCUGGAUUGGAUUAAAGCAAAAACAGAACUUGUAGGCCCUGCUCAUCUGAUUCAUGAAUUUGUGGAAUACAGACAUAUACUAGAUGAAAAAGAUUGUGCAGUCAGUGAGAAUUUUCAGGAGUUUUUAUCUUUAAAUGGACACCUUCUUGGACGACAGCCAUUUCCUAAUAUUGUACAACUGGGUCUCUGUGAGCCGGAAACUUCAGAAGUUUAUCAGCAAGCUAAGCUGCAGGCCAAGCAGGAGGUCGAUAAUGGAAUGCUUUACCUGGAAUGGAUAAACAAAAAAAACAUCACGAAUCUUUCCCGCUUAGUUGUCCGCCCCCACACAGAUGCUGUUUACCAUGCCUGCUUUUCUGAGGAUGGUCAGAGAAUAGCUUCUUGUGGAGCUGAUAAAACCUUACAGGUGUUCAAAGCUGAAACAGGAGAGAAACUUUUAGAAAUCAAAGCUCAUGAGGAUGAAGUGCUUUGUUGUGCAUUCUCUACAGAUGACAGAUUUAUAGCAACCUGCUCAGUGGAUAAAAAAGUGAAGAUUUGGAAUUCUGUGACCGGGGAACUAGUACACACUUAUGAUGAGCACUCAGAGCAAGUCAAUUGCUGCCAUUUCACCAACAGUAGUCAUCAUCUUCUCUUAGCCACUGGGUCAAGUGACUGCUUCCUCAAACUCUGGGAUUUGAAUCAAACAGAAUGUCGAAAUACCAUGUUUGGUCAUACAAAUUCAGUCAAUCACUGCAGAUUUUCACCAGAUGAUAAUCUUUUGGCUAGUUGCUCAGCUGAUGGAACCUUAAAGCUUUGGGAUGUGACAUCAGCAAACGAGAGGAAAAGCUUUAAUGUGAAACAGUUCUUCCUAAAUUCAGAGGACCCUCAAGAGGAUAUGGAAGUGAUAGUGAAGUGUUGUUCAUGGUUUGCUGAUGGUGCAAGGAUAAUGGUGGCAGCAAAAAAUAAAAUCUUUCUUUUUGACAUUCAUACCAGUGGCCUAUUAGGAGAAAUCCACACGGGCCAUCACAGCACCAUCCAGUACUGUGACUUCUCCCCGCAAAACCAUUUGGCAGUGGUUGCUUUGUCCCAGUACUGUGUAGAGUUGUGGAAUAUAGACUCGUGUUCAAAGGUGGCUGAUUGCAGAGGACAUUUAAGUUGGGUUCAUGGUGUGAAGUUUUCUCCUGAUGGAUCAUCAUUUUUGACAUCUUCUGAUGACCAGACAAUCAGGCUCUGGGAGACAAAGAAAGUAUGUAAGAACUCUGCUAUAAUGUUAAAGCAAGAAGUAGAUGUUGUGUUUCAAGAAAAUGAAGUGAUGGUCCUUGCAGUUGACCAUAUAAGACGUCUGCAACUUAUUAAUGGAAAAACAGGUCAGAUUGAUUAUCUGACUGAAGCUCAAGUUAGCUGCUGUUGCUUAAGUCCGCAUCUUCAGUACAUUGCAUUUGGAGACGAAAAUGGAACCAUUAAGAUUUUAGAACUUGUAAACAAUAGAAUCUUCCAGUCCAGGAUUCGGCACAAGAAAACUGUAUGGCACAUCCAGUUCACAGCCAAUGAGAAGACACUUAUUUCAAGUUCUGAUGAUUCUGCAAUUCAGGUAUGGAAUUGGCAGUUGGAGGAAUAUGUCUUUCUACAAGCCCAUCAGGAAACAGUGAAAGACUUUAGACUGUUGAAAAAUUCAAGACUGCUUUCUUGGUCAUUUGAUGGAACAGUGAAGGUAUGGAAUAUUAUUACUGGAAAAAUAGAAAAAGACUUUGUCUGUCACCAGGGUACAGUACUUUCUUGUGACAUUUCUCAUGAUGCUACCAAGUUUUCGUCUACCUCUGCUGACAAGACUGCAAAGAUCUGGAGUUUUGAUCUCCUUUUGCCACUUCAUGAAUUGAGGGGCCACAACGGCUGUGUGCGCUGCUCUGCCUUCUCUGUGGACAGUACCCUGCUGGCAACGGGAGAUGACAAUGGAGAAAUCAGGAUAUGGAAUGUCUCAAACGGUGAGCUUCUUCACUUGUGUGCUCCGCUUUCAGAAGAAGGAGCUGCUACCCAUGGAGGCUGGGUGACUGACCUUUGCUUUUCUCCAGAUGGCAAAAUGCUUAUCUCUGCUGGAGGAUAUAUUAAGUGGUGGAACGUUGUCACUGGGGAAUCCUCACAGACCUUCUACACAAAUGGAACCAAUCUUAAGAAAAUACAUGUGUCCCCUGACUUCAAAACAUAUGUGACUGUGGAUAAUCUUGGUAUUUUAUAUAUUUUACAGACUUUAGAAUAAAAUAGUUAAGCAUUAAUGUAGUUGAACUUUUAAAAAUUUUGAAUUGGAAAAAAAUUCUAAUGAAACUCUGAUAUCAACUUUUUAUAAAGCUCUGAAUUGUUUUGCAGUAUUGCAUUCAUUACAAAAGUGUUUGUGGUUGGAUGAAUAAUAUUAAUGUAGCUUUUUCCCAAAUGAACAUACCUUUAAUCUUGUUUUUCAUGAUCAUCAUUAACAGUUUGUCCUUAAGAUGCAAAUGAAAAUGUGAAUACAUACCUUGUUGUACUGUUGGUAAUUCUGUCUUGAUGCAUUCAAAAUGGUUGCCAUAAUUAAUGAGAAGAAUUUGGAGGAAAUUUGUAUUUUAAUACUGUCUGUAUUUAUUACUGUUAUGCAGGCUGUGCCUCAGGGUAGCAGUGGUCUGCUUUUUGAACCACACUUACCCCAAGGGGGUAUUGUUCUCCCAAAUACAAUCUUAAGAGUUUUUUUGCACUCUUUAAAUUUGCUGUAAAAAUAUUGUGUCUGUGUGCAUAGUCUGCGGCAUUUCCUUUAAUAGACUCAAUAACUGAGUCUUGGAUUUAGCAGGCCCCAUUUUUUUUUUUUUUUUGGGAGACUGGGUCUCGCUCUGUUGCCAGGCUGGAGUGAGGUGGCAUGAUCUCAGCUCACUGCAACCGCUACCUACUGGGUUCAGCCAUUCUCCUGCCUCAGCCUCCCAAGUAGCUGGUACUACAGGU